AUGCCCAAGGCAAAACCCACCUGUGCUCUGUGUGGUAAAGCCCUGAAGAAUCGUGAAGACGCGCAGGCGGUCCACGACCGCACGUGUGCCAAGUUCAAGAGGCUUCACGCGGAAUCAGUCGACUAUAUUCAGCAGCACCUUGCUAUGCAGGCAGCUCAACCACCCAAACAACCAGACCCUCCGUUGGUCGCUGAUGUGCAGAUGGCUGUUGAUGAACCUCGUCCCCCGUCUCCUCCAAAGUUUCGCAAAAGCGGUCGCCCAGAUCGUCCUACUCGCCUACCUGCCAGAUUUCAAGACAUCGCGCCUCCCCGAGCUCCUCGUCUCCCACCACCGCCUGCUAUUAUCACCCCAGCCAUCCCCGAAGCAGAAAUAGAGCUUCAGACACCCGUAUCAGAGUGGGUACAGACGGCUCCCAACGAGUUUGGCGUCUACAAAGUGUAUCCACGUCGACCUACUCACGAUCCUGACGACUCUAUUACGCUGCAACAACUAUAUCAGGUAUCCCAACCUACGGAAACUCAUCCAGACACCCUCCGACCUGAAGAGCCCUGGUACUUCCCCUUUCCGAAUCCGUCGGUUGCACAUAUGAUGAAAUAUCAUAUCGAGGAGGAACACCCACACGAUGCCCAAUCCGACGGGCGUUUCGCUGACGGACUUACCAAACCCGUUUUCGACCCAACGAUUCUUGGACCAUCUAGACAAGCACGGUAUAAUUCCUCUUGGUAUAACCGACAAAUGGUUAAGAGGGCUGAAAACGACGCACCUGUUGUGGAGGUUAGCGAUAUCUUGUAUCGCCCUCUCCUUGAUCCCAUCAAAGAGGUUCUUCAAGGUCCGCUCUUCGCCCUAACGCACACGACACCGUUCUCGUUGCGUGCGAUAUCUGAAGCGGAAUUGGCUUUAGCCGACAUCAUAAUGGCUGAUCUGUCUUCCCCACUCAAUGAGUAUGGCUUGCCACCGCUUGCAGAACGACACGAGGAGAUUUUUGGCGAAGUUUACACCUCACCCGCUAUGCUUGAGGCCUAUCGUGCGAUACCUCAACCGCCACCUCCUCAGAGUCCAGAAGACCCAGUCGAAAGCAUUAUCAUGGCUAUCAUGGAAUGGUCCGAUGCCACCCAUCUCGCCCAGUUUGGCACUGCGUCUCUUUGGCCAGCAUACACCUUCUUCGGCAAUCAUUCCAAGGAUGUGCGUUGCAAGCCAUCUUCGAACACAGGCUUCCAUCAAGCAUAUUUCACCAAGCUACCGGACUCCAUCCGGGACUCGUAUCGAGCUCACUACGGAUGUGAUAUGGCGGAUGACGUCUACACUCAUCUGAAGCGAGAACUGAUUCAUGCUAUAUGGCAGUUGCUUCUCUCCGACGACUUCAUGGAUGCAUAUGACAAUGGGAUCAAAAUCAAAUGCUGGGAUGGUGUGGUCCGACUAGUUUUCCCUCGUUUUUUUACUUACAGCGCCGAUUAUCCGGAAAAAGUUCUUCUCUCUACUAUCAGAAGCCUGGGAGGCUGCCCUUGCCCUCGAUGCUUCAUCCAAAAACGGCAGAUAGCCGAAACAGGUACUGUCAACGACAUGAAGCGUCGUCAAAACAUCCGUAUCGAUGACCACCCGCGGCGGGUGGAAAUCGAAGAUGCUCGAGCUGCUGUGUUUGGCAAUGGAAACGCUGUCGGCGGCUCGAAGAUUGACGACAUACUCAAGGCAAAAUCAUGGGUUCCUGUCCGUAAUGCAUUCUCCAAGCUCAAUACCCCCAAAACGCCCUUCAAUCUAUUUACCCUUUUUGUCCCUGAUUUGUUACACGAAAUUGAACUAGGAGUCGCAAAAGCCCUCAUCACCCACCUUAUUCGCAUGCUGCAGUCUUUCAAAAAUAUCGAUGAAUUCGACCAGCGUUUCCGCCAAAUUUCUUCAUUCGGUCGCAACACCAUUCGUUCCUUCAACCAUAAUGUGUCUGAGUUGAAAUACGCUGCCGCGAGAAAUUACGAGGAUAUUCUCCAGUGUAUUCUUCCAACCCUAGAGGGACUUUUCCCACAACACCAAGCACUGGUCGAUCAGCUCUGUUUCCAGUUGGCAGUCUGGCACGGUUAUGCCAAACUCCGCAUGCAUACCACUUCUUCAAUCCAGUUCUUUCGGACCGCCACCACUGACCUUUGUACCACCAUCCGUCGGUUUGCUCGUGAGACGCGAGAUGUGAAGACCUACGAGCUACCCCGAGAAGAACGCCGACGGCUUAAACAGGCUUCCAAGGCCUCGACUUCGGCAACUGAGACUGUCAAUCCAUCACUCGCGACUGCUGCAGAUAGCCCUAGGACCACGACCGAUCUCCUUCCAGACACAGCCACCAAGUCGCAGUCCAAGUCCAAGUCCAAGUCAAAAGGUAGAAGGAAGAAUGCCGGCAGUUCAUCUGCCUCAUCCACAAUCCCCACGAUGCAGGUUUCUGCAUCAGAUGCUGCGAAUACCCCCGUCUCAAACCCAGUCCCCCCGCCCACAGCUGCCCCAGUCACGCAGACCAAGCCGAAGAAGAAAAAAGUGGAGAAACCGUUCAAUCCAAUCACCUACAAGCUUCAUUCCAUACCCGACUAUCCUGAUGCCAUUGCUCGUUAUGGGACCACAGACUCGACUUCAACUCAAAUUGGCGAAGUUGCGCAUAGGCUUGUCAAAUAUUUGUACCGGCGUACCAAUAAGAGGGACCAUGCUCAACAAAUCGCAAACCAUGAACGGCGUCGACGAAUGAUGCGAGCGAUCAAAAGAGCAACAAACGACAAAGGCUUCUCUCAUCUCUUCGCCCAAAUCAAGUUACUCGAUAUGCAGCCUACGUUCCUCCGGAACAACAUCACUACAUCUCCGAUUCUACACGCACCUUCGUAUAUCUCUCUGACCUGGUCGAUACUGGCGACUCCGACAGCGAUUCGGAUGGGGAUGGGGAUGGACCACGAAUACAAAAUGUUCCGCCUCCGCCUCCGCCUCCCCCCCAUGGAUCCUGCGCUCAAGGAUUUCUCACGGAAGCUCAAGUCCCACUUGCGCCGCCGACUACUGAAUCUAGAGUAUACCGGAGACGAUCUGCAAUUUACCGAUGAUGAGCUCAUUAAUGUGGUUCUCGAAAAGGACGCGCUUUACACCCAUGCAACUAUGAGAGUCAAUUACACGACAUAUGAUCUCAAGCGCGACCAAGACGUUCUCAACCCACGGACGCGCAAAGUUUUUCCUUGUUCAUUCUCAAGACCCAGUGGACCAGCAUCGCUACUGCCUUCCAUCAUGGACGCACCAAGGAUUAUCUUCCAACAUCUAUCGCUCGACCACCUUCAGAACAUGAUGAAGAUUGGAAAUUUUUCUACGCAAAACAUCGUCGUUGACCGUGAUAUGCUCCUGCGGUACCACGGAAACGCUAUUGGCCAUCGAAAGAUCAAUCUCUUAUACCAACGUGCGGCUACUGACGAGUCAAACCAAGACCUAGAGGCUGCCGAUCCGCCUGAAGGACAUGUCGAGGAGGAAUUUAGUGAUCAAGCCAACGACCUUGAUGUUCCUGUUCUUGACGAUGCUGACAAUGAUGAACAAGAAGAGCAUCCGGACUGGACCAUGGAUAAUGCCAGCUCUGGGUCGGAUGUAGAGGAGGAGGAUGAGGACGAGGAGUUUCUAUACGGUGACGAAGCCUGUCGAAGUCGGGUUGGUUUUUGA